AUGCUCGGCUUCGUUCGCCUGGCGCUGGUCGCGGCGUGGAUCGGCGCCGUCGUCUCUCAGCCAGUUGCCGGCGCAGGCUCCACCGGACCAACCAAGACCCUCGAACGCCGCACCGUUACUAGCCUUCUUCCGCCGUUCAACACCGCCUCGCCUGCGCCGACUCCCGCCUUCAUCCACCCGCCCAUCCCUCCUCUCCUUCCCGUCGAACAAGUCGCUACGCUGCUUACCGUAACGACGGCGACGACCUUCAGCGUACUCGGCCAAGCCGCACUGCAACUCGUCAACUCGGCCACGACACUCAACAUCGACGGCGUGCUCAAGACUGUCCCGUCGCUCCUCAACGGGGUCCUGUGCGGCCUCUUCGGCUGCGGUGGAAGGCCUAAGUACUCGGACCCGCGCCCGCCUCUGCAGCAGAUGGGGUCGUCGACUUGCCUGGACAGCAAGUACAACGCGUCGGUCAUCAACUCGCUCUUCUACUAUGGCGGCGCUGGUACGACCGUCAACCUCUGCCCAAACGCUCAUAUCGACCUGGAGACGAGCAUCUACUUCUACGCCGCGAACCAAACCCUCCAGACCGGCGGCCUUCCCUUCGACUCCACGCGCGCCGUCUUGACCGUCAACGACUCGAGCACGACCUGCGCGAUCUACGGUGCAGACGACGGGAACAACGGCGUCACGCUCAAGAACGUCAUCAUCAAUGGGAAUCGCGACGGCCUCGGCUGGGCACCGAACGGACUCGCCUUGAUCGAGAUGGGCGGCAACAACCGCGGCCAGGUCAUCCAGAACGUCAAGAGCUAUGACCCGCGUGGCUGGUCCGCACUGCACCUGAUUGAAGGGUACCAGAACUCAUGCAGCGGGUCCAAGGUUCUCAACAACGAGCUCGGCCCGAGCGGUCACGCUCCGUCCGGCGCCCAGCAGUUCAGGAUGGUCAAGAUGAAGAGGGACACGGGGACGUACCCGCCUGGUCAGUGGGCGGACGGCUUGUCUCUGGCCUGCAAGAACAGCAUUGCGACCGGCAACACCAUCACUGACGCCACCGACGGCGGCAUUGUCAUCUUUGGCGCCCCUGGCUCAACCGUCAAGGGCAAUACCAUCAUCGCUGACCAGCGCCAACUCCUUGGCGGUAUCAACGCCGUCGACUACAACCCCUUCGCGGGCGACUACUCGGGCACGACCGUCUCUAGCAACCGCUUCAUUGCCAAGAACAGCCUGCUCAAGGUCGGGAUUGCCGCUGGACCCUCGACGUGGUACUCCAACUCCGCCCUCCAGCCGCAUACCUACGGCGGUUCUUUCAGCGACAACUCUUUCUCGACUGGCCCGACCGGCUACUUCGGCUAUGGCAUCAGCGUCAACAGUCACGACCAGGCGACUAUCACCGGUAACUCGUUCUACGCGGCCGAGUUCGGCGGUGUCUUUUCCUCCAGCUGCCAGCCGAACAUGCCGGCGAUGCAGCCCCUCGUCUACAACCCGACCCGCGUCAUCGGCAACACCCUUCAGAGCCAAUUUGUCUCUGCACUGUACGAGCUCGCCAUCUGCGUUGGGCCUGGCGCCCAGAACAACUCGAAGACCAUCCUCGCCUAG